UAUCAAAAUAAAAUUGACAAACCUAAUAGAAGGUCUGUGACGUAUGUGAACGGAUGUGUAUGUGUGUAAAAUACCCGGAUGUGCCGAACAAAAUGGCGGCGCCCUGCAGGAGAUUGGUGAGGUCGGUUAUUGAAGCAGGUCUUCAGUACUUUCCCAGCGGAAAUCUCUGUUUAAAGACGGCUCAUGCACAAAGCUUGACCUGCUUCCGACCCCAGUGGUGCGUGCUACAGCACCGAGCUCUUCACUGUAGCAGCUCCCUUUUACUAAACAGCACCAAGACAGACGCAGCAAAAACCACAGAGCCUGCGAAUGAUGCGAAUGACCGGGAGAAGAAAGGGGAACAAGAAGGAGAGGAAGAUUCCGGACCAGAGUACAUUCCUAAGAGAAAAGCCAAAAACCCGAUGAAAGUAAUUGGAUACGCGUGGAUAAUUGGUCUUCCGACUGGUAUAAUCGGGUUUAUUCUGGCUAAAAGGCAAGUGGACAAGAACCGGCUGCAGCAGCUGAAGAUCCGACAAAGGAUGAAGAAGUCCAACGAAGGAGAGUACGAACGCGAACGCUACAAACCAUCAGCAGGGAUGCAGUAACUGGAUUCGGCGACAUUUAUCAUUCUGAAAUGUUGUUUAUGUUGGAUAUGAGGACUGUGUGAUGGAAACGCAGAGCUGAACAAUGUGACAUAUCAUUUUAUAUAUAUAUGUGUGUGUGUGUGUGUAUAUAUAAAUAAGACAUAUAGAGAUAAUUUUGUAUUUUUACAUAUCUGUGAUAAAUUUAAAUAUCUGGAUCCCAAACCUGUAUAUUUUACUGAGUGUAAUAUAUUGAAAAUAGGAGGUUCAGAUCUCUGCUCUGGAGUAUGAUGUAACAAAAGUAAUUGUACUCCCAUGUUAGUCUUGACUUCUGUAAUGCAUGGUGGGAAUUUGGUGAAAAUCUGAGAACGUCAGAUUUUUCACCAGAAAAAGGCACUAACGUUCCCUCACAAGUCUCGUUUUUUUUCUCUCUCGAAAUUAAUAAGACACAAAAACCCCCCAAAACAAAUAAAAACACAGCUUAUGUUAUCCAGAAACCGUGAAUCCCUCUAUCCUUAACGUUACCGCUUUACCUCUGACACUGAAGACUCCUUCUGUAAAUGUUAAAUAAACAUCUUCUCACAGAAAACUUAAUAAUAUCAACGAUUACAAACGUUUUUUUUUACCCCGUUUGUGUUGCAGCUUCUGUACAAGUCCUUGUGAAUGAGUUGUUACUAUAGCAACGAUAACAUAUUAGAAGGAGCACGUUAAUAUUAAUACAGAAUAUAGGUAUUAUAUUGUCAUAUUGCCCAACCAUUAUCGAAACCAUUCACAAUGAGACUUUGGGAAAAACUUAACUAGGAAAAUGUUGCUCGUUAACGGAAGAUAACGUGAAGAAAAUGUCAAAUUUCACAAUUUAAGCUUAAAGUAAAAUAUUCAAAAUAGUAACAUGCACACAUAAAAGUCAAAUAUUUUUCCUCAUUUCUGUGAUCAUGCGUAUAAUACUAAUCUCAUGUAUCAAAAAUCAGGCUUAUUUUGCAUCUUGAAUGUAUGUGUAACCUUUAUUUAUGUUUAAUAUAUACAAUAUGUGGUGUACAAAUGUGAGUUUGUUAAAAAAAACAUGAUAAACAAUAAAUCUAUAAUGCUAUAAUCUCUA